CAUCAGCCUACCAUCGGCCCAUCGGCCAUCGGCGGAACGCCCCUAUGGAGCUGCGUGUGGAUCCCACGGACGGAGCUGCCUAUAGCUUGGACGACUUCAUCGAUGCAGAGCGUGAAGAGCAAGGGGGGGCAAGGCCAAAAGAGAUCUAUAUAGACCAUUAUAGACCUAAACAGGUCCGGCAUGAUCCAGUAAAACUAUGUAAAACUCACUUUAGGAGUGUUUUUGUAUGACCAACUCCAGUAAAAUAAGGUGAAUGACCUGUGGGGGGUAGUCUUGUCUUCUCUUUUUUUGGGUGAGCUCAAACAACUGUGGCCGCUCAAGAAAGAUUGACAACAUAGUUGCCACUUGAUUCACCUGAUGCCACUUGAUGCAAUUUGUAGGUUCAAUGGACUUGCAAGGCAAACCUUCGUUCAUAGAGCAUCCCAAUGAAACGGCAAACCUACCUCGUUUGCAGAACAAACCAGUCAACAUCACUUAGUGCGUGGAGCAGAUUCACUUCCAAGGAGGAGUAUGGUGGCAGCUCAGAAGACCCUCCCCCCGAGUGGCACAUGGCCACGCGUGCGACCUCGCGCUCUGCGACGUCGCGCUCGCGCUCGCGCUCCAAGACGAGGGAGGACGUGCCAUGCCCGGUGGAGCAGCUUUGGGAGGAUCGCUCAUGGGAGGAAGUGAAGAAGAUCUUGUGUGGCGACUACGAAGUCCACGUGGAAGAGGAUGAGGAUCUUUGCAUUGUGUCCGCUCGACAUGACAGCAGCUUGUGGUCGCAACGCGAGUGGCGGAAGGUCUUGGAAGCGAAUCGAGGCAGCGUCUACGAGAAAUCCUCUGGCCGUUUGCUGUGUUUGCCCUUCAUGAAGUUCUGGAACCAUUCUGAGCGUCAAACAGAUGAGAUCGACUGGACCACGGCAGUGGCAGAGGAGAAGAUUGAUGGCAAUUUGAUGAAGCUCUUCUUCUACAAGGAUACCUGGCGCUUGGCCAGCAACCGCACGCUGAGAGUUUGUGCUUUGACCGGGAAAUACGCUUGCACUGGGCGAUCCAAUUACGAUCUCUUCGCAGAAGCAGCGAAGAACAGUGGCCUCAACUAUGAUCGACUGGACCCCAAGUGUUGUUACAUGUUCGAGCGUGUGCAUCCGGAGUUUCGAGUGGUCUUGGAUUAUCCGAAGGCCCAGCUCUACCACUUGGGCACCCGCGACAUGCAGACUCUGCAGGAAUUGGACGUGGACAUCGGCGUCCCGAAGCCGCGCCGCUGGACCGUGCGAAGUCGUCAAGAGUGCCAGAGCUUAUUGGAGUCCUUUCAUAGCUUCGCGGAGGGGCUCGUGGUGAGGGAUGCCAGCUACUGCCGUCAGAAGUGGAAGCGCCGCGAGUACCUGCUCUUGCAUUCCGCGCGGAUGCUGGUCGGUGGAGAUGAACCAUGCUACGCCUGGGUGGCCCGCUGUAGCACCGCGGGUGCCUUGGAGCUGGACCGACUUUGCCUCAACGUCUGGUUGCGCCGCGAGGCCUCGGAGUUCGCCGCCUACUUCCCCGAGGCCAUGAAAAGAUACCAAGAGAUCUUGAAGAUCUUGGAGGAACCAGGAUUCUUGGCCAAAGUGCUGGGGACCCUGGCGCCGGACGCCCGAGCGCGCAAUGCGCAAGAUGGACGAUUUCUACAUGAAACAAAGCUUUGGGAGGCCAUUUCCAACUCCAACCGGAGGUCGGCCAGCAAUGAUGUCAAGGUUCACUGAACGUGAAUCGACGGGGCUGGUGGCGGCCACACAACCCACGGCGUUCCGUUCCUUGACAGUGCCGUGCCGGACGUGAAGGACUCCUUUUGACAAACAGUUGCACAUCAUCCUGCUGAGAGUCUUAUUUGCUGCCAGCUGGAUUUCGCCUCUAACCGCCUGGCGGUGUUGCCUAGUGGUCAUUGCCCGUGCUUCCUGCAGACGAAGCGCCGAUUCCGGCCAGAAAGCUACCCGUCCACAGAGGCGCAUGAUGCCGGCUCUCUUGAGCACAGUUGAGGAAGCGAAGGACGACCAAUCCGAUCGGAUGAGCCGAGAAGACUUGGAGCCGUGAGCGCAGACUUGGACGCUUGGAGAAAGGAGCCAAUAGAAGCCAGCUUUUAGAAUUCAGAGCCUCCUUUUUGAGCGUUGUUUUAAAAGUGGAUGGUGAAAUCUGGGUUUUUGGGGAGCUGGAUGGUGGUGAUGUGUGACGAUUGCGCUUCUUCUUCAGGGUUUGGGCACACCAGAUUUACCUGAGACUGGCUUGUGGAAUGCAAUCCACUGGUUGGAGUGUGGGAAUUAUCCUUUGGGAAAGGGGUGCUCUUUAUGACCGGAAAUGUUUCCAACGAUUUGCGAGUGUCGUGCAAACACUUGCAAAGUGGUCAUCUCAAU